UUCUUUCUCACUCACAUCCGACCCAUCUCAGGGAAGCAUCGCUCCAUCAUCAGCCGAAGCCGCGACUAUGCUCGAUGACGUCUAAAAUCCCGUCGACGGGAGGUCGCCGGGGGCUUCAAUGACGGAAAAUAUCACCGACGAACUUGUCAGGGGCAUUUUAAAGUCAAAGUGUCGAAAUAUGGAGGAGCCUAAAGACGAGGUUGAGGAUGUAGGAAAAAAGGAGCAUGAAAAGUAUGCUGCAGUGACAGAAAUGGAGGGAUCACAGAAUACUGAGGAGGUUACUGAUGAAUCUGACGGCGAAGAAUCGUCCGUUUCGGGAAGUGACGAUCAAACAAUCAACGAGGUUCCUCUUACUGAUGCUGAGAUUGAGGGACUAGUUGCUGAAUUGCUUGAAGUUGAAAGUAAGGCAGCAGAGGCGCAAGAGUCCCUUGAGAAGGAGUCAAUAGCACGAGUUGAAUGUGAAGUGAGGGAAGAAUUGGCACAGAAUCUUCACGGCGAUGCAUUGGAAAUGGCUGUGUCAACUGAGAUGAAAACAUUCAUAGAGGAGUGGGAGGCUGUGCUUGAUGAUUUGGAGACUCAGAGUUCUCUACUGUUGGAACAACUUGAUGGGGCUGGUAUUGAGCUCCCUACUCUCUACAAGUGGAUUGAAACUCAGGCUCCUGAUGUUUGUUCUACUGAAGCUUGGAAAAAAAGGGCACACUGGGUAGGUUCACAGGUUACUAGCGAGCUGACUCAAUCUGUAAGAGAUGCUGAAAAUUACCUCCAAAGUUGCCACCCCGUAAGGAGAAAACAUGGUAAACUGUUGGAGGAAGGUGCUAGUGGGUUUCUAACAAAAAAGCUUUCUAUUGAAGAUAAGCACAAUAUAAAGGAAAAUCCUGACAAAGAUUGGGGUCCCUUCAAUGAGAUUGUUCAAUCUGGUAGAUGCUCAGACAACAAUUCAUUUGGUAGCAAAAAUUGGGCAUCAGUGUACUUGGCAAAUACUCCCCAAGAAGCCGCAGACUUGGGGAUAACACUACCUGGAAUUGAUGAGGUAGAGGAGAUUGAUGAAAUAGACUGCAAUUUUAGUAAUCCAUUCUAUGCUGACGCAGUAGCAAAAGAAAAAGAAGCAGAUCUUUCAAAAGAGCAGAAAACAAACUUCUGUUAGGUGCGAGAAGAGGAUGACGCAAGCCUUACAAUGAAAUUGCAGCGUCGUUUAAAGCGGCAGAGGCAGAGAAGCCUGAAACAGGAAGCAAAUGAGAAAGGGAUAUUUAAUGAAGUCUUUCUAAAGGAAUGUUCACAAACACAUGUAGAUGAUGCAGCCAAUACUGACAAUGGCAACAAUCUUGCUGAUAGUUCGAAGGCUAAUAUAUUGGUUUCUGAUGGGAUUGAGAAGCAGAACCCCAAUGUGAAUGACAGUUGCAAGCGCUCACAUGAUGGUGAUGAUAUGGAAGCUGAUAAUAAAAAGUGUAGAACUGUUGUGAUAGACAGUGACGAUGAAGUUCAACUGGUGAACCUUGCCUCAGAUGAUUGUCAUGUACCAAAUCGUGAUGCACAUUUACCACCUAAAGGCAAAGUAGUUGACAUCAUAGAUGUUGAUAUUCUUCCUUCACCAUGUUUAAGCAACCAAAAAUUGUGCAGAAGGGGUGACGAGAGAAAUUUUCAUUGUACUGCUUGUUAUGAAUCACUGAGAGCCUCAGAAGUUCGUCGACAUCCAUUACUUCAAGUCAUUGUUUGUGAAACUUGUAGUCUUCUGCUGGAAGAAAGGAUGAAUCAGAAGAACUUAGCAGAUUUCUGCCAAUGGUGUGGGAAGUGUAAUGAUCUAUUAAGCUGUAACUCAUGUGAGAUGCUAUUCUGCACAAUAUGCAUAUCAAGGAAUCUUGGUGAAGAAUGCUUAUUACAAGCUAAAGCAUCAGGUUGGCAAUGUGUUUGCUGUUCACCAGUUCUACUUAACAAGCUUGCUUUGGAGUGUGAAAAUGCUUUUGGAGGGUCGGUUGUUUCCAGUUCUGACAGUGAUAUUGAUCUCACCGAUGCCACUGAUAAUCAAAGCAAUAGGAGGAGACGGAAGAAGAGAAUUAGAAGAAUACUUGAUGAUGCUGAACUGGGAGAAGAAACUAAGCAAAAGAUUGCAAUGGAAAAGGCUCGGCAAGAACAUCUCAAGUCAAUGCAAGUACAGUCUGCUAGCAAAUCAUCAUGUAUUAAUAUUUCAAGCCUCAGUGGAAAUGUAGCAUGCGUAACAAAGGAUAUGAUGGGUGAUCCGGCUGAAGGUUAUAUAGUAAACGUAGCUAGGGAGGAACACGAAGAGCCUGUCAAAAUUCCUCCUAGUAUUUCUAGAAACUUGAAGCCUCAUCAGGUUGCAGGUGUAAGAUUUAUGUGGGAAAAUAUUAUACAGUCUGUAAGAAAGGUGAAAUCAGGGGAUAAAGGUCUUGGAUGCAUUUUGGCCCAUAUGAUGGGUCUUGGCAAAACUUUUCAGGUUAUCACAUUUUUGUACACUGCCAUGAGGACAGUUAAUUUAGGAUUAAAAACCGCACUUAUUGUUACACCUGUGAAUGUACUUCACAACUGGAAAUAUGAAUUCUUAAAGUGGAAACCCGUCGAGUUGAAACCUCUUCGCAUCUUAUUGUUGGAAGAUGUUCCCAGGGAUCAAAGAGCAUUUUAUCUAGCAAAGUGGAGAGAUAAAGGUGGGAUCCUUUUGAUAGGCUAUUCUGCUUUCCGGAGCUUGUCACUUGGAAGGCAUGUGAAGGACAGGAACACCGCAAAUGAAAUUUGUCAUGCACUUCAGUAUGGACCUGAUAUACUUGUUUGUGAUGAGGCACAUAUGAUCAAGAAUGCGAAGGCUGAUAUCACUUAUGCACUGAAACAAGUAAAGACACAGAGAAGAAUUGCUUUGACUGGAUCACCCUUGCAGAACAACCUAAUGGAAUAUUACUGUAUGGUUGAUUUUGUACGAGAAGGAUUCCUAGGGAGUAGCCUUGAAUUCAGAAACCGCUUCCAGAACCCCAUAGAGAAUGGACAGCACACUAAUUCUACUGCAGAGGAUGUAAAACUCAUGAAUGAAAGAUCACACAUUCUAUAUGAACAAUUGAAAGGUUUUGUACAACGGAUGGACAUGAAUGUGGUUAAAAAUGAUUUACCUCCUAAAACUGUUUUUGUGAUUACUGUAAAGCUUUCUUCAUUGCAAAGGAAGAUGUACAGAAAGUGUUUAGAAGAGAGAGGGUUAACGGGUGACAAAGUUUCUUCCGAAAAGACAAGAUGUUUCUUUGCUUGUUACCAGACACUGUCACAGAUACUUAACCAUCCUGGUCUUCUGCAAAUGGCCAAAGAACAUAGAUAUAACUUGAAGCGGGAAGAUGCUGUAGAGAACUUUCUUGUGGAUGACAGCUCUAGUGAUGAUAAUAUAGAAAAUGGUGACUUAUUUAAUGGAGAGAAAGAGGGGACCAAGCAGGAUGCGAUGCCAAGAAAAAGUAACGGCAUCUUCAGUCAUGAGGAAGUUGACUGGUGGGAAGAGAUUAUUGAUGGAAAGAUAUAUGAUGAAGCUAGUCAUAGUGGUAAAAUGGUGUUGCUACUUGAUAUCCUUUCUAUGAGUUCAGAAGCAGGAGACAAGGCACUAGUUUUCAGUCAAAGCUUGACAACCCUGGAUAUGAUAGAGCAGUUUCUUUCCAGAUUACCACGGAAAGGAAUUGAGGAUAAGUAUUGGAGGCAAGGAAAGGAUUGGUAUAGGAUAGAUGGAAGUACAGAUGGUUCUGAAAGGCAGAAACUUGUGGAAAGAUUUAAUGAGCCUACAAACAGGAGAGUGAAAUGCACGUUAAUUUCAACAAGGGCAGGAUCUUUGGGCAUUAACCUUCAUGCUGCUAACCGUGUUAUCCUAGUCGAUGGUUCUUGGAAUCCAACCUAUGACCUGCAAGCUAUUUUCCGGGCUUGGAGAUAUGGGCAAAACAAGCCUGUUUAUGCUUACCGCUUAAUGUCACAUCGAACUAUGGAGGAGAAGAUAUAUAAGAGACAGGUUACAAAGGAAGGACUUGCAGCAAGGGUAGUGGAUAGACAACAGAUUUACAGAACUAUGUCUAAAGAGGAAAUACGGCAUCUUUUUGAAUUUGGUAAUGAAGAAGCUACUGACAUGCUUAAUCAUAGCCAAGAAAAUGUUGCAUCAUCCAGUCAAGUGAAAAAUAUGUCAUUGCCUUACUCUAGCAGCACCAGCCCAUCUGACAAGAUCAUGGAAAGUUUACUCAGAAAACAUUCAAGCUGGAUUGCUAGCUACCAUGAACAUGAGACCCUCCUCCAAGAGAACGAAGCGGAGAGGCUGACAAAAGAGGAGCAAGACAAGGCCUGGAAGAGUUUUCAGCAAUCUCUCGAGUGGGAGGAGGUGUAUAGGACAACUACCUUUGAUGACCAUGAAAGAAAGCCAGUUACUCAAAAAGCAGCUCCAUCAGCAAGCACUGCACCUCAACUAACCAAAUUAACUUCCAAAAGUAGACCAUGUCAUCAAAGAAAGUGCAACAAUCUCGCCCACAUGCUAACACUUAGGAGCCAAAACAUUAAAUCUGGCCAAAGUACUACCUGUGGAGAAUGCUCACAGGAGAUCAGCUGGGAGAACCUUAACCGAGAUGUGAAGUCUAGGUGAGGCUCGUAGGCCUAUCUUUGUAUCUAUAUGUAAUUCUGUUUUUGUUCUGUAAAUAUUAUUGUUGGUAUAGUCUGAUUUCAUAUAGCAAAUGUAGAUUCCUCUCCAAGGAAAUGAACCUGAGCAGAAGAGGCUAAUAUUGUUCACCAAUUUAUAAGUCAAUGAAAUUCAUAUAUCGGACUGA